AUGGGUGCAGUGAAAAGCAAGUUAGCCAGUGCUUGUCCGGCCAGGUGCGAAUGCUGCGGACUCGUAAGAUCAGACUCUUACGAUCUCAGAGAACUACCCCGACCGCCACAAUUGGACACAUCAAAUGAUGUCAUCGACGGAACGAGACAUGGCGUCCUCGCAGUGCAAGGCAUCGACUUUUGCAUCGAAACAAAUGGAGAAAAUCAUCACACACACAAAUUCCAUCUCAUGUCGAAAGAUGUUGACAAAUGUCUCGUCAUACGACGAGGUCAGGCCUUCAAACUUGAUAUUCUUUUAAACCGGCCAUAUGACGCUCGCAGAGACGCGGUUUCCUUUAUAUUUUACGUGGCAGAUGUCGAAAGGCGUGGGCCGUCAGGAGAUACAUCUGCGUCUGUUCCGAUGCUGGAGAAAGGGUCGGAAACCUUAGGAGGAUGGAACGCAGUGUAUGAAGGUCAAAUGGAUUCCCAUCUAAUGGUCGCAGUCACACCAGCAGCUGAUUGCAUCGUUGCUGCCUGGCGCAUGGACAUUGACACCAAAAUGAGUGGAGGCAGUUCUCUAAGUUAUACACAUCCACUCCCCAUAUACGUGCUUUUUAACCCUUGGUGCUUAAAUGACAGUGUUUACAUGCCAGGACAUAGCCAUAGAGAGGAAUACGUACAAGACGACAGUGGUCUGAUGUACAGAGGUGUCUACAACGUAACAAAGCCAGUUCCAUGGUUUUACGGGCAGUACGAGAAGGAUAUUCUGGAAUGUGCUUUGUAUCUAGUCAGAGAACUUGGAAAGCUCAAGGGACGUGCAAGAGGAGAUCCUAUCAGAACGGUUCGUGCUCUGUCCGCGGCGGUCAAUGUUCAAGAUGACAAUGGAGUCUUGUUUGGUAACUGGGCCACCGACUUAAGGGACUACAGCGGAGGCACACAUCCUCUAAAAUGGGCGGGAUCAUUGACCAUAUUACAGAAGUAUUACGAUAAAAAAAAACCGGUCAAGUACGCACAAUGUUGGGUCUUUGCUGGUGUUUUAACAACAAUUUGCAGAGCGCUAGGAAUACCCUGCAGACCGGUGACGGGUUACGAUGCAGCUCACGACAGUCAGGGCAGCCUCACCAUCGACAUAAUCAAAGACGAACAAGGCAACACGCUCGAGGAAUUCACAAGUGAUUCAGUAUGGAACUAUCACGUUUGGAAUGAGGUUUGGAUGGACCGACCAGACUUGGGAACUGAGUACGGAGGCUGGCAAGUUAUCGACUCGACGCCACAAGAAACGUCAGAGGAUAUUUAUCGAUGUGGUCCUGCUUCUUUACGAGCGGUACGAGACGGCGAGAUACAGAGACCUUAUGAUUCUUCAUACGUUUUCGCGCAAGUUAACGCUGACAAGGUGUUAUGGAAAUAUUCCGGCGAAAUUCAACCGUUGAAAUUUUUAGCACGUGAUACAGUUUCAAUUGGACAACAUAUUUCCACCAAAGCGGUUGGCCGGAUGGAGCGUGAGGAUAUUACUGAACUCUACAAAUACCCAGAAUGGACGCGAGAGGAGCGUGAUACAAUGGAAAAAGCUUUACGCAAGUCAGAAAGUAUUUUCGCGCGAUACUACCUCAACGAUGUCUUUAACGAUGUUGUUUUUGAUUUCGAACUUAGAGACGACAUUGUAAUUGGGCAAGAAUUUAACGUGGUCUUAAAUAUCAGAAAUCGUUCUACAACUGACGAGCACCAUGUAAAAGGAGUGAUACGGGUGGACACGGUCACUUAUAGAGGAGUGACAGGAAACGGUGUAAAGAGACAGGACUUCGACAUGGUGAUGAAGCCGGAAGCGAAAGAAAAGAUUACAUUACUAGUCACUUUUGAUGAUUAUUUCAAAAAAAUAGUGGACCAGGCAUCGUUCAAUAUAGCUUGCAUAGCCACCAUAGUUGAUAGAAGUUUCGACUAUUUUGCACAAGAUGACUUCAGAGUCAGAAAUCCGGACAUUAAAAUAUCGUACGAGGGUAAACCAACAUCAAGACAAGAAUUUUUAGUGAUUGUGAAAUUGGAAAAUCCUUUGCCGGUUCCUUUGAGGAAUGGAAAGUUCUAUAUUCAAGGACCAGGUCUCGACGAACAGCUUAAGAUUGAGCUGAGCGAGAACGUAGCUCCCGGUGCUACAGCCACCGCGCAAUUCAAACUGACACCGCCGUGGGCCGGUCGACAUCAAAUAUCAGUCAAGUUCUCCUCUAAGGAACUGCGCGACGUAGACGGUUUCCUCUCAUUGAUGGUUUCGAUGCCAGAGACCAAUGGAAUCCCUUUAAUUGAUUCAAACGAAACAUAUAGAGAGAUAUAAUUCUUGAAACUUUUGCGUUAAAAACUUCUUCAAUACUCACAAAUUAAGUUGAGAAAUUGACUAUUAGCAGUAUUCAAUGUCUGGCUUUUGUUUGCAGAUACGACAUGAAUGUAACAAGCUUUAUGAUAAAAUGUUAGUUAUGUAUUAACUUUAAAUUAUAUUUAUUUAUAACUUAACACAUAAGUCUACCGCGUUAAGUAUUUUUUGUUAAAAAAAGUAUAAUAACUAUUAAAGUACAUAUAUUUCCUGAAAAGUGAUAUAAGAAAAAUAUCAAGGAAUAAAACCAAUAAUUUCUAUAGACUUACCACCACACAAUGAAUCGGUAAACGUAGCCAAUAGCAACCCGAUAAUAAUAUAUGUGUAUAAUAGAUUAUUUUGCCCUUUUUAUACUAAUAAACUUCUAGCAUUUUUUGUCGUGAAAGUCAUUUUCAUAAAAAAAGAGAUAGAAGAAUAGAAAUUUGGAUGUUUUUUCGUAAAACAUUUUUGAGUCUAAAAAUAUUUUUAUAAGGUAGCUAUUACAAGAUGCAAUUUAAAAGUUGUUAUGGAUGUGUCUACGCUCACUUUUGAUAAUUAAAAUACAUUUAUUUAUUUUAUUAUAAAUUAUAAAAUCAGAAAUAUACAUAAUACGAGCGUAAUGUAUAGUAUUAUUGUAAUUUUUUACUCUAUACAUAGAAUUACGUGCUAUGACUAAUUGUUUUUUUUUUUUAUGUAAGUAGGUUUAAGUAUAAUUCGACUACAUGUUUUGAUUAAAUAAAAUACCAAAUACUCCA